AUGUUCAGCGAGCAUUCUUCUUCAAACCAACUUGCAAGCCAAACUCUGGCGGAAGAAAGCAACUACCGCUUUCCCUCGUUCUCUGCUGCAGAUGCCGUCACCCUGGGACUCUCUAUGCGCAAACGAUUUCGUGGAUCAGCUCGUCAUGCGAAAGGCAAAGGACUUAUUAUCUCAAUCCAAACGAUCGCCGGCCACCCUCUUUUCGCGUGCACAGUGGAUUCCGACAAUGUCUCCGGUCUUACUGAUCUCAGUCUUGAUGGGUGGUCCGCGUUAGAGGGUAUGAUAAAUAUUGUGAAACGGACCAGCCAUUCGAGCUACUAUGUCGAGAACUCUCUUGCGUCAAUGGGCAAAUCACCAAAGCAAAUGGAGCUUCAGGGGGAUUUCCGAAUCACAGGUGGAGCAUUUCCUAUCUGGCUAGAGAAUGCACCGUGUUGUCCCAUUGCCAUUGCGGCUUGUUAUUCUGGUUCUUCAUACGAAGAUCAUCGUCUCGUGUCCACGACGGUGAGGGACUAUCUGCGGAAAAUGCACGACAACCUUGACGAGAAUGCACCAAGCGGGCCAGAGUCUACUGUUGACGCAACCUUGCCCGCAGGGACAAUUAGUUAG